AAAUACAUUUUUGUAUACUUUUCUUAAUUAUUGUUAAAUGUUAUAUUCAUAUGUUUAAUGUUUGCUCUAUUCAUGCUUUGGCAAGAUGUAUAUAUAUAUGUACGUCAUGUCAAUAAAGCUUAUUUGAAUUGAAUUGAAUUGAGAGAGAGAGAGAGAGAGGGGAGAAAGCAAGAGAGGGAGGGAGAGAGGGUGAGAGAGAGAGAGAGAGAGUGAGGGAAAGAGAGAGAGAGAGGGAGGGGAGAAAGCAAGAGAGAGAGAGAGGGAGAGAGAGAAACAGAGCAGAGGAGAGAAAAGUAUUAGUCAAAAAGGGAAGCGUUUUCGGUGGAUUUGGAUGCAACCAGCCAUGGAAUCGACGGCAGAAGAGAGCCAGGAGCAGAACCAGGAUAAGAAAGGUUGCUUUGAGUGCUGCAUCAAGUGUUUGGGCGGGGUCCCCUACGCCUCGUUGGUGGCCACCAUCCUCUGCUUCUCGGGCGUGGCCCUCUUCUGUGGGUGUGGCCAUGUGGCCCUCACCGGCACGCUCACCAUCCUGGAAAACCACUUCUCCAAGGUCGCCAGCGACCACGCCACGGUGACAGACGUAGUACAGGUGAUGCAGUAUGUUAUCUACGGGAUCGCCUCCUUCUUCUUCCUGUACGGCAUCAUCCUGCUGGCCGAGGGGUUCUACACCACCAGCGCUGUCAAGGAGCUCCACAGCGAGUUCAAGACCUCCGUCUGCGGACGCUGCAUCAGCGGGAUGUUUGUUUGCCUGACCUACAUCCUGGGCGUGGCCUGGCUGGGCGUGUUUGGCUUCUCGGCCGUGCCCGUCUUCCUCUUCUACAACGUGUGGUCCACCUGCGCGGCGAUGAGGUCACCGGUGGCCAACAUCACCUCCGUGGACACCAUCUGCGUGGACGUGCGUCAGUACGGCAUCAUCCCCUGGAACGCUACGCCGGGGAAAGCCUGUGGAUCCACGCUGGGGGACAUCUGCACCACCAGUGAGUUCUACCUGUCCUACCACCUGUACAUCGUGGCGUGUGCUGGAGCUGGCGCCACGGUCAUUGCACUGCUGAUCUACAUGAUGGCCACCACUUAUAACUAUGCCCUUCUGAAGUUUAAGAGUGGAGAAGACUGCUGCACUAAGUUUUAGCCUGUUCUAACUGCACGGGGGAAAAAAAAGCAGUUUGUGGUUUUGUACUAGAGAGUAGAGAGAGCAGCCACUGGACUAUAAACAAACAAAACAAAUGUAAUACAAAAAAUAGAAAAUAAAAACUCUUUCAUUCCCUUUGACAUAAAAGUGUAAAUAGCAGAUUUUAGGCAUAUUGUAGCAUUUGUAUCCAGAGACCCAGAGGUGUCAUACCCCGGAGGAGGAGGUGUGUCUCUGAAUUUCGGAGGCUCCAUUUAGAGUGGGACGCCUGGCCUCUGCUUUAGGCCUUAUUGUCAGAACUAACCUGUGAGUAAAAAACACUGUUCCCAUUUUCAAAGACUCAUUUUACACAGCGAUUCUCCGUCCCCCUGAGUGCGGACGCUCUCACUAAAGCCCACUCUAAAACAAGUUAAUUAUUCAGUUGUGAAUAGAAAAAGUCACGUUCCUGUUUUCUGAAAUGAUCUCGACUGAGUCAGACUGUGCAGCUCCUCCGUGGCGAAGCUGUCGAAAAGACCUGCCUUCCCACUGUACUUUCCCCCCUGUCUGCGGUCUCAGCAUUGUCAGCUGUACAUUUGUACAUAUUUAUAAAUGGUGUAGGACAGAAAAGUCAGAACCCGGUCCCCCUCCCUCUUGCCAGGUUCCGUGCCUUACACCAGGGCUGCCCAACCCUGUUGCUGGAGAUCUACCAUCCCGUAGGAUUUCACUCCAACCCUAACAAAGCACCCCUCAUUCAACAGCUAGAUCAGUGCUGCCCAACCCUGUUUGUGGAGAUCUACCGUCCUGUAGGUUUUCACUCCAACCCUAAUCUGGCACAUCUGAUUCUGCUAAUUAGCAGCUCAACAAAGAUGAGCUUGCUAUUGAAUGAGGUGUGCUUUGUUAGGGUUGCAGUGAAAACCUACAGGAUGGCAGAUCUCCAGGAGCAGGGCUGGGCAGCCCUGCCUUACACCACUAGACAGCGCUUGUCGUCUGUACGAUGAGGUAAACAAUGAUAGUGGAGCUGCAGCAUUAGUGAUUAUCCUUCAGAGAGGUAGAAAAUAUUCAUGAAGUAGAGAUCUUUAUUUUUUCCAAAUAAUUUCACCUGAUUUUGAAAUGCAAUUAAUUCUGCUUUUCUAGACUUGGCUGACAAUAGGACAAUU